AUGGCGACCAUAAUCUCUGCCAUCCUUCUCUUCUCCUUCUUCCCCUCCCCAUCCUUCUCCGCCCCGAUCGAUGAUAAAUGGAGCUUAGCAACCGCAACAUACACCAGAACCCCCUUCCAGGCCGGAGGAGGAGCGUGCGGCUACACCUUAGAAGCAGAGGACCGGCCGGAAUGGAUGUCGGAAUUGGGGCGGAACACGGCGGCGCUGAGCGGCGAACUUUUCCGGCGAGGAGAGGUUUUCGGUUCCUGGUUCGAACUCCGAUGCGUCGAUCACAUACUCUUCUGUCUCCGAGGAAGCCCUUCCGUUACCGUCACCGCCGUCGAUUUCUGCGCGCCUAACUACGGCCUCCCCUCCGUCGACGGCGGGGGGG